GAUACAUCCUAGUGCGACCCAGCAACCACCCCGCGUCCGUUGCUGGCCGUAUCCCUCGUCAUGUCUCCCCAUGCCUCGAAGGGUAGUCCAAUAGCAAAGAUCGAGUUAUUCCGCCUUCCUCCUCGUUGGCUCUUCGUUCGCGUUGAAACCUCCGACGGAUUCGUUGGCUGGGGUGAAAGCACGCUCGAGGGACAUACGGAGGCUGUCGAAGGCGCUUUCGAGGACUUACGCCAAAGAUUCGUCGGAUCAGACGCAGACAACAUCGAAGAUAUAUGGCAGACCGCAUAUAGAGCAAGAUUCUAUAGAGGUGGCCCUGUGCUCAUGUCAGCCUUGUCAGGCCUUGACAUCGCUUUAUGGGACAUCAAGGGACGGAAACUCAGUGUACCGGUCUGGCAGCUCCUGGGAGGCAAGGUACGCGAUCGCGCCCGCGUUUAUGGAUGGAUUGGCGGCGAUAAACCGGAGGACGUUCUUGAGCAAGCCGCAUAUAGGGAAGCCCAAGGCUUCACGGCCGUGAAGAUGAACGCGACUGAUGCCCUCGAGUGGAUUGACUCUCCCGCGAGGCUCGAGUCGUGUGCGAACCGCGUUAAAGAGGUCCGAUCGCUUGGAAUAGACGUUGGCGUGGACUUCCAUGGUCGCCUUCACAAGGGUAUGGCGAGGCAGCUCGCGAAGCUACUAGAGCCUGAGAAACCGAUGUUCAUCGAAGAACCCCUGCUGCCUACCCAGCCGGAAGAGAUCGCUGACCUCGCGAGAUCGGUUUCCACCCCGAUUGCGGUCGGCGAAAGGUUAUAUACGCGACAUGAUUUCCGACCUUACUUCGAGAAACGAGCGAUAGACAUCGCUCAGCCAGACGUUUCUCACUGUGGCGGCAUAUCGGAACUCAGACGCAUAGCGUCCAUGGCAGAGACAUACGACGUCGCUCUCGCGCCACAUUGUCCGUUAGGGCCAAUAGCGCUUGCGGCAUGCCUACAAGUUGCGAUCAGCGCACCGAACUUUGUAAUACAGGAGAUGAGCUGGGAGAUCCACUACAACAAAGGAGCUGAUCUCGCAACGUACCUCGUCGACCCAUCCGUAUUCGCCAUCAAAAACGGUUUCGUGGAGGCACUUUACGGACCUGGUAUAGGCAUCGAGAUCAAUGAAGCACUCGUCAGAGAGACGUCGGAGAGUUAUGUCAAAGAGAAGGCAUGGAGGAACGACGUGUGGAGAGGCGAGGAUGGCAGUUUGAGGGAGUGGUAGCAAGCUAUCAUUGAAUCUUCACGUUCGCUCGGCGGUCUCUAGCAUGGUAAAUUGGACAAUGGAAUCUAUUUGGUAAUUACUCG